CCUGCAGGCUGCAUGAUGAGCUGCUCAGGACCAACGCAACUAUUCUUAGACCUUUCAUUGUUCUGACAGCCGUCACGCUGACGACAUGUGGAAGGUCAAGCCACCGGUUGCCGUUCCUAUGGAGACGAGGUACCGGACGAUUUUGGAGAGUUUGGUCCCCCCUGACCCUAUGGCCCAGUUCCACCUGAGGAGAGGUUCUCCCGACGAGGAGUUCCCUGACCUGAGCAGGAACUCUACCUGGAUGGGUCGGAUCCUCACACCGGCCAUGUACCGCCGACAGUUCGACCGCUGCACCCACAGCGGAGUCAUCUUCGAUGAUGUCAUACGCCCGGGCCUCGAGGAACCAGGUGACUGGUCCAGUCCUGUAUCUGUGGGCUGCGUCGCGGGCGAUGCUCAGUCCUACGUCCUGUUCUGUGACUUCUUCGACCGAGUCAUCGAGGCGCAUCACAAACACAAGAUCACCAGCCAGACGCCAGAGGGCGACUUCAACUUCGACAACUUGAAGGGGGGUGAUGACUUGGACAGGUCAUACGCUGUACGCUGUGAGGUGAGUGUUGUUCGAGGUGUUGAGGACUUCUGCUUCCCGACACACUGCAGCCGAGGAGAGCGCAGACAGCUCCUCACGCUGGCCAGGAGAGCUCUGCAGCGGCUGGAGGAGGAAGAGCUGCCGGGUGGGCUCCUCUUACUGGAGGAGCUGAACCAGGAGCAGCAGAGGGAGCUGAACUUGAACCCUCCGUCCUCCUUUCAGCUCCGUACCGGCGUGGCCCGGGACUGGCCCGACGCCAGGGCAGUCUGGGUGAGUAAAGACGGCAGCCUAGUGGUCUGGGUCAACAUGGAGGACCACCUCAGACUUGUAUCCACACGAGACGACGGCAACAUCGCCGAGGCAUUUAAAUGCAUCUGCAUCAACCUGCAGAAGCUGGAGGAGUUCUACAGAGAGCUCAGACACUCGUUCACCUGGAAGCAGCAGCUGGGGUGGGUGACCAGCUCUCCGGCUGACGUGGGGACGGGUCUGAGGAUCAGAGUCCACCUCAAACUGCAACACCUCCCCAAACACAAACGCCUGCAGGACAUCCUGAAGAGACUGAGGAUCUGCAUGGACACGACAGAAUCCCCGGUACUGUAUUGUGUUAGCAACGCGGCAACCUUCGGCCUAAGCGAGGUGGGACUGACACAGCUGGUGGUGGACGGGAUCAAACUGCUCGUCGCCAUGGAGAAGAGGCUGGAGAGUGGCCGAGAAAUCGAUGAGCUCGUUCCCACGCAGAAGUAGAUCUGGAUGAUGAUUGGCUGGAGUGAGGAAGAGAACAGAUCGGCCAAUCAAUCAGAUGGAUGUAUUUAACUUCAGAUUAAGCACUUUGAGCUGCAUUUCUUGUAUGAAAGGUACUAUACAUAUAAAGUUUAUUAUUAUUAUUAACUUAGCCUAUCAUACAAAAAACAGCAG